AGUGCCUUCGCUUUGCGAGCUGGAGUUGUUGCUGAUUGGCCGGAGGUCAGCGCGCCAGCCAAUAGGAGAGCGGGACGGAGCGCUGAUGUGUGAUCCAGGCACCCGGCUGCCUUCUUCCAGUCACACGUACAGCGCGGCCUGACGAUGCCUUAUCACCGAACCUGGGAAGAGUUCGCCCGGGCCGCUGAGAAACUAUAUCAGGCCGACCCCAUGAAGGUCCGUGUGAUGCUGAAAUACAGACACUGCGACGGGAGCUUGCGUAUUAAAGUCACAGAUGACGUAGUGUGUUUGCUGUACAGCACGGACCAGGCUCAGGAUGUGAAGAAGAUCGAGAAAUUCCACAGUCAGCUGAUGCGGCUAAUGGUGGCUAAAGAAUCGCGCAGCAUCGCCAUGGAGACAGACUGAGUACCGGACAAUCACUAACGCGCAGCCCGCGGUGCGAUCUACGGCUAUAUAUUUUAUUUUUUGUGUCCACCAGGAAAGAGAACGUGACUUUGCCGGAACGAGAAACCAGAUGGAAAGUACUACAUAAAUAAAUCGGUCCUAUUUUUCUCGUGUAUCCGCAGUGCUGCAGAGCCCGGAAAGUCCUAUGCUUUCAUUCGAAAGCCGCUAUUUAUUUUUGGAAAAGGUGGAAAAUCUUUCAAUUCUGUUGUAGGAACUUUUUUUUUUCUUUGUCCCCCACCCCACCCCACCCCACCCCAAAAAAAUAAAAUAAAUAAUCUAUGCGGUUCAGGCAGCAAUGUAAAUAUAGUUAGGAGGAUGUGUUUCUUUUUCUUUUCUUUAUUUCGUCAUUUUUUAAACUACAGAGAAAUUGAGGUGUAAGACCUAUUGUUGCAAAAGAUCUGCCUUAGGGAUUUGUUUUUCCAAUACAUUAAAUGGUAUAUGAAUAUAUAGAA